GUCGCGCGCGCUUUCUCUCACGUGACCGCUCGUUCACGCUUCAGUUCUCGUGUGCGCGCUUCGCUUUGCUUCUCUUCUCCAGCGCUGUUCAGACCAGUAGAAAUAACACUGCGGAACACAAAAAAGAAAUAUCUAUGCAUGUGUAUAAUAUUGUUAACUGAUAGUCUGAAUUAAAAUAAUAAUAAUAAUAAUAAAAAAAAACAAACAUGGAUUUUCUCAUCGGGAGUCCGUUCUCCUCUCCGGUUGGCCAGCUUAUCCAGAAAGCCACUAGGGGCUCUCUAGAGAGCGAGAAUUGGGGCAUGAACAUGGAAAUCUGUGACAUCAUCAACGAGACAGAUGAAGGACCCAAAGAUGCAAUGAAAGCCAUAAAGAAGCGAAUUGUGGGAAAUAAAAAUUUCAGAGAGGUCAUGCUGGCACUGACAGUUCUCGAGACGUGCGUGAAGAACUGCGGCCAUCGUUUUCACGUCUACGUGUGCACCCGGGACUUUGUAGAAGGAGUGCUGGUCCGAACCAUUCUCCCCAAAAACAAUCCCCCCAUGGUCUUACACGACCGAGUCUUAAGCCUCAUUCAGGCGUGGGCUGAUGCUUUCCGGAAUGUUCCAUCACUAUCUGGUGUGGUGUGUGUGUACGACGAUCUGAAGAAGAGAGGCCUGGAGUUUCCUAUGACUGACCUGGAUGCUCUGUCGCCCAUACACACCCCAAUCAGGAGCACUCCGGAAAACAGUACACCUGCCCCACCUGCUGCAGUACCCACAAUGCACACGGCCAAUGUGGAAAGCACACAGGCGUCACAUAUUCCCCAGACAAACGGCGCACCUGCACCUAUCUCACCUGAACAGAAACAGAAGCUAAGGGCAGAAUUGGACCUAGUGAAGGGAAACCUGACGGUAAUGACAGAGAUGCUGAACCAGCUCAGACCAGGAGAGAGCUUACCAGCAGAUACAGGGCUACUGCAGCAGUUGUAUUCAGUAUGUAAGAGCAUGCAGAAUCGAGUAGUGGAGCUGAUCCCCAGUCUGUGUGAGGAAGAGCUGAUUGGAGAAUUGCUCAUUAUCAACGAUGAUCUUAACAAUGCUUUCAUACGCUACGAGAGGUUUGAAAGGUUGAGCACAGUCCAAAGAACACCCACAGAACAACAGAUGGCAGGAAACCUUAUCGACCUUAGCUCGGUUUCAGCACCAGCCAAUCAGACGUUACUUCCACCUGUCAGCGAGCCAGUGACCCAACCUACAUCUAAUCCCAUAAAGAGUGCAGCUGCAAGAGAUGAUGAUGAAGAAUUUGAUAUGUUUGCUCAGACGAGAGGAAGUUCACUGGCUGAGCAGAGAAAGAGUGUUAGAUACGAGGAUCCUGGUGCAGUAGAGGGGCUAGCAGAAGCGCUGGACACUCGGCUCCAGGUCACAGCAGGGGUACCAGCACCACAGAGUACUGCUAUGGAUGACAUUGAGCAGUGGUUGUCUUCAGAAACGUAUGAUGAUUAUGAUGAUGGAGAAGAUGGUGUUACCAGUGAAGAGUUUGACAAGUUUUUAGCACAGAGGGCGAAAGCAGUGGAACACCUCCCUACUGUGCAGAGAAGCUCCACGACUCCUGCGAACCCUCGACAAUCAGCACAGAAACAGGAGAGCAGUCAGGAUCAACUAUUCACCCUCUAACACACUCAGGUUAAUGGAGGAAGCACAGAGACACAGGUAGCACAAAAUGCACUGCUUAGAAGUGGCCAUUUUCACCUAACUGCCUUUUUAGCUUUUUGUACAGAACUGCUGUGUGUACCGUGCCUUUUCAUUGAACAUUUUGAUCAUUUCAUCCAAUGACUAAAAGAUUAAUUGUAAGAAAGCCAUUGAAGAAAAGGUCAAAAUGUUUUGUGUAAGCUUUACUGUAUUUAAAUGCACAAUUCCCCCACACUAACUAACCAGCAGUGGCUGUUUACAUGUAGAGAUUUUUGUCACUCAAAUGAAUUAUUUCCGAUUAUGCAUUCCCAGAAGAAUGUACACGAUAGCCUAAAUUCCGCAAUCUUCGUUUACAUAGGUUGCAUGUAAUCUGAAGAAAACGUGUGCAUAUGCAAAGAGCAUGAUUUAGUGUCAAUGUUAUAACAACAAGAAGUACCUCGUAAUAUGUAGCUUGCAUUAGGUGAUUAUUUUAUUUUAUUUUUAAAAAAACAAGUUUUCAGUUGUGUCUUUUCCAACAAAUUAUAUAUUCAUCCAAUGUACAUGUUAGACAAAAGGAAAAAAAAAAACACAAUAGAAACCCUCAUAGAGCAUGUAAUGGUUAUAAUGGGAGUUGUAUUGGUUUUAAUGGAAACUGUAAUGGUCCCUGUGGUUCUCUACUGGUAAUUUGUUGCCUUCUAUUGGUGUUCUCCCUUCUAGUGGAUACCAUGAAGGACCAAUAAUGGUAAUGGUUGUAAUGGAUAGCUGAUGGUUUGUAAUGGUAUUUGUAGUGGAAACCAUUUGAAUUUCGGUGAUGGUUUCUGUUGUUCUGGGGGGGGUUUUCAGCAGGUUAAUUGAUUUGUCCUUUGCAACAUCAGCCCAUGCCAUACACAAAAGAACGGAUGCAAAUAUUCCAAAUUUGAAAGUAAUCGGAUUCAACAGUUCACUAUAUCAGAUAAUUAAAAGGAUUUCCAACCUGGUUAAUCAGUUUAAUGUUUUUAUUUAUUUACUAUUACUAAAUUACUAAACUGCAUGCUAUAUAGCUUAUAGCUAAUAUCCUAGAUAUUAGCUAAUGUCCUAGAUUGUGGGUUUAUUAAUUAGCAGAUAGAGCUGUCUAGCUGUAGAAUAUCUAUAAAAUAUUAUUUAGUAUAAAGCCCCAAUCGGAAGCUAGUGAAAGUUGAUUGCUGUUAGACAAAUCACAGGUUCCUAGAUUUUCUGUGAGAUGCCCUUUAGGCUAUAAUUCUAACUUCUCAAAAACUAUCAUACUGUCUCACACACACACUCACACACUCGCACUCGCACUCUUUGACACAUUGUCAAGCGGAUAGGGGAAUCUGAAAAUUUCAAUGACGAGACAGUGAGCCAGAAACCAUGACCAUUACGCACUCUCUCACACAUACACAUAUUCUCUUACACACACUAUCAAACCAAAAUGAUAGUUUGACGGUGUGUUUAAGAGGUUUCAUAUUGUGGGAAGCUUUUAAUUUUUAACAUGAUGGUGUUUGUGUGUAAGAGGGUGUAAUAUUUUGUGCGAGUUGCCAAAUUUAAUUUUAGGGCUUUUCAUAAUUUUUCAUUCCAUGUCUAAUAAUACAGUUGUUACUGUUAAUUCUGUUGCACUGCUAAAGCGCUCACUCCCUUAUGCUGUGUCUUGUCUUGUUCUGAUCGCUCUAAGUCAGUCUUACGUACUGGCUAUCACUUCACUAAACUGCCUUACUGUGAUUACAAUUCAGCUCUCUGGGCUAUGAGGUGUUGAAAAAUAACUAUAUGAUGAGUGACACUGCGAUGUACUUCUGUUUGAAAUAGUUGAAUUUGAAUGAAUAACCUGUAGAUUACAGGACUGUUGUAUUGUGUUGUACUGUCAAACUCUUAAGUUUAAUUUAUUGUACAUCUGUGAUGGAUUCUAAAUGAAUAUUAAUAUGACCACGAUCUAAGGUAAUAUUGUGAUUGAUGUUUGGUAAAUUAAAAAGAUGUUGUGCUUGUCUGUA